GUUUAUUACAAUCCUGUGUGAGGAUCUGCCGUCAGCCAUAUUUCUUGGGGGCAAAUCGAAGUGGCCUAGGCUUGCGCGGAAACCUUUCUUUCACCAUCUCAUUUAUGGGCACUCUGCUGUUACUAUUGCCCCCAUUGGUCUAGAUGAAGCAUCUAUUGUUGCCAUUUUGGUCUCAGGAGACCCGAAUAAGGGAGGAGGAGUGUGCGGAGUGGAGGAGGGGCAACUACACGGAAGUGACGCAGCGCCGCCAUGCCUUUUGAGGGCGGCGACGGCGCCGGGCCGGCCAUGCUGGCUACGGGCACGGCGCUGAUGGCGUCAGGGCGGCCGGAGGAGCUGUGGGAGGCUGUGGUGGGGGCCGCCGAGCGCUUCCGGGCCCGGACAGGCACAGAGCUGGUGCUGCUGACGGCUGCGCCACCACCACGCCCAGGGCCCUGUGCCUAUGCAGCCCAUGGCCGUGGGGCCCUGGCUGAGGCUGCCCGCCGCUGCCUCCAUGACAUUGCCCAAGCUCAUAGGGCAGCUGCUGCCGCCCGGCCCCCCGGGCCCCCACCAGAACCACAGCCGCCCAGCCCUGCCCCAAGCCCACCCCAGCCUGCUCUGGCCAGGGAGGAUGAGGAGGACGAGGAGGAUGAACCAACGGAGACAGAGACCUCCGGGGAUCGGCUGGGUGGCAGCGAUAACGGAGGGCUCUUUGUGAUGGACGAGGAUGCCACCCUCCAGGACUUGCCCCCCUUCUGCGAGUCAGACCCUGAGAGCACAGAUGAUGGCAGCCUGAGCGAGGAGACCCCAGCUGGCCCCCCAGCCUACUCCAUGCCCCCAGCCUCGGCGCUGCCCACACAGCAGUAUGCCCGGUCUCUGCCCGUGUCGGUGCCUGUCUGGGCCUUCAAAGAGAAGAGGACAGAGGCCCGGUCAUCAGAUGAGGAGAACGGGCCGCCCUCCUCGCCGGACCUCGACCGCAUCGCGGCGAGCAUGCGCGCGUUGGUUCUGCGGGAGGCUGAGGACACCCAGGUCUUCGGGGAUUUGCCACGACCUCGGCUCAACACCAGCGACUUCCAAAAGCUGAAGCGGAAAUACUGA